AUGAGUUUGCCGACAAACAAGUGUCGGGGAAAAGGGGGAAACAACACGUUGAAAAUAAUCGUCGAUUCUGCCUCACUUGCGGUGUCUGGAAAGAAUAAUAAAAACAUCACUCGAAAUGCUCUCGGACCAUCCUUCGCAAAAGACCAGCUCUCCGCGGCUGAAUCACCGGCUGUAUCUUUACUUGGUAACUCUCUGGUUCAAUCCCCCAGAUCUGAUUGGGACAGCCUGCGAAUUACCUCGUGCAACUCUCGGCCAAGAAUCAAUCCUGAGCAAAACAAUCCCCCUAAUCAUCAUGGACCGGAUAUAAGUGACAGAAAUGAGGUUUUCUAUAUCGAAGCAUAUAUAUCUUCCUUCCACCCUGGUGACCAGCUUGUUCUUAAGGUUACUCCUAAGACAACCAUUAAACUGGCCCGGAAACACCGACUGAACUAUUCCGGGUAUCCAACUACCAGUAGCAAUAACUGGCAUCAAACGGAACUGCAACUGGCGGUGUUAUAUACACAAUUCCAUCAGGUGCUAGUUAAUUUUGUUUAUUUAAUUCGUGGGGACGUUCUGGGCUCGAUCUGGAAACAUGUUAAAACUUUGAUCUAG